UUUAGGGCCAUUAAUUCUGACCACGUGCCUGAGAGGCAAGGUGGAUGGCCCUGGGACAGAGGCUGUUCAUCACUAUGUCCCGGGGAGCAGGACGUGUUCAGGGCACGCUGCAGGCUCUCGUCUUCUUAGGCGUCCUAGUGGGCAUGGUGGUGCCCUCACCUGCCGGCGCCCGCGCCAACGGCACGCUACUGGACUCCAGAGGCUGGGGCACCCUCUUGUCCAGGUCUCGAGCUGGGCUAGCUGGAGAGAUUUCGGGUGUGAAUUGGGAAAGCGGCUAUUUGGUGGGCAUUAAGAGACAGCGGAGACUCUACUGCAACGUGGGCAUUGGCUUCCACCUCCAGGUGCCUCCUGACGGCCGCAUCAGUGGAACACACGAGGAGAACCCCUACAGCCUGCUGGAGAUCUCCACGGUAGAACGGGGUGUGGUGAGCCUCUUCGGUGUGAAAAGUGCUCUUUUCAUUGCCAUGAACAGUAAAGGAAGACUGUACACAACGCCCAGCUUCCACGACGAAUGCAAGUUCCGAGAAACCCUCCUUCCAAACAACUACAACGCCUACGAGUCAGACCUGUACAGAGGGACCUACAUUGCACUGAGCAAAUAUGGACGGGUAAAGCGGGGCAGCAAGGUGUCCCCAAUCAUGACUGUCACUCACUUCCUCCCCAGGAUAUAAGGACCCAUGGAUGAAGGCUCACGGGGUGACAGCAGCGUCUUUUCUGUCAGGAUUUUACACUAAGAGAACACUUCUGCUCCUAUCCUGUGACUUCUGAGUCUGGCUUAUCUCGCGCCCGAAGAUCCGAGUCGGCGCCCUUGGCCCCUGGACUGCAUGGCGGUGUAAGCCACGUGGCUGAGGGUCUACAGUUCACACUUCAGGAUGGCAGGGGCUCCACCGGAGGAGAGACGAUACAGAUGACUCUUGCAACGUGUGGCCCUGUGCACAAGAAAAAGCCAAGAUGGGAGGGAGUAUGUGUGUGUCCGUGCAUAUCCACACAUCUAUUCUUAGAUUCUCAGAGCAAAGGCAUUUUAGGAUACUGAGUUCCUUUCUCCCAACAUUGUCACCGCAGGAUACUACCUGUCAGAGCAUCACUUGUCAAGUCAGCAGGAUUGAGAUGCACCCCAUUCUGCCGUUUUCUGAUCAUCUGUCCAUCCAGUUGUCUGUGUAACAGUGAGCAGCUAUUUUUUAUGUGCUGGGAGGAAGGCAGGGGUAUAAAAUAUAACUGUAAACUAGAAAAACAGAAAGGUAACCUGGCACCCCGGAUUCCAUGCCCAUCGGGGCUCUGGAGGAUGUUAUGAUGCAUUGUUAUGAAUAACUGGGAGAAAAGGGGAUCCCCUCCUUAGAAGAACGUAAUAGAACAGGACAAGGUCUGUUGGGGAGAUCUGUAGAGGCAGAGGGACUGGAUGUUCUGUAGAGAACCAUUCUGCCUGAAGGGCUUCAAGCUGUGUGUGGCUCUAAGAACGGGCCAGCACCAGGCUGCCUGCCCAUAACGUUUCCUUGCUUUGAACCAGGUCUUAUUUUAACCUCAGAUGACAAGGAUCCUAAUAAUGGCAACCUCCCUGGCAAGGAAGGGCAGUGUGCAAAUUAGGGCAUGAAGGAAGUCCAGAGGCUUUGGACUUGCCGUGGUGAUCCCCCUCCAACUAUGUCCAGGAAACUCGCCCAAGUUCUCACCCGAUACCCUCACUUCCUUCUCACUCGGCCUAAGCUUACAUGCACAAUGCGCCUGGAUGCAGAAGAAUUGGGUGCUGUGACCUCUAGCCCCUCUUCCUCACUACAGAAGGAGAGGUGUGAUAAUCCCAGGAUCCAGGCAGCCAAGCCCAAGUGGCUCCUUGCUCCACAAUGCCUUCUUGCCUCUUGUCCUUUGAGAGUAUUUUAAACCAUGGUUCCCUGAGAGACUAUAAAUGUGGUCUGCCUAGAGCCUGCAGAUUCCUGAACUGUUGGAAUGUUCCUAAAUCUGACACCAGAGAGAGCCGUAUCAGUGCACAAAUAUUUUCAGCAUAUGUUACAAAAUGACCUGACACCCUCUGCUACCCUUGGGAGCCCUGACCUGCAAGACAAUCCCCUCAUCUGUUGCAAAUACCUCCGUCUUCAACAUACCUCUCUAUUCGUAGAUGCACCCCUCCACAGACAGAUCUGGACUCAGGGAUUCUGAGCUGCAGAUGGGUGGGGGCUGGCGAUGCCAGAGGCAGAUGCCAUUCUGACUUCCUCCUUUGCCCUGAAAGUGUCAGGGUGGACAUGUGAGGGGAGAGGAGAAAAAGGCCAGAGCUGGAUGAGAUAAUAGGUAACGGAUGGUAGGAGUUCAGCCAUGUGGACAUCCUCAAGCUUUGGAUGGAAACUCGGAAGAACCGAUCAGAGAGAAAGGGGAUCAGAUCAGAAAAAUUGGUCCAUAUUAACUUCUUGGAUAAUGAAGUUCAAGUCAUCUGGGAAGGAGAAAGCCAUACUCUUUUAAGAUAUCUUUGCCAGUUAUCAUCAAUGGUAUCACGGGACUUGUGAGAAGUGGGGUCACUUGGAAUUUCAUGAGCGUUCAUUCCUGAUAUGGACAGGGUGGCUGGGGCUAGGAACUGCUAUCCGGAUAGGAGGAAGUGUGCUACGUCCCUAGAAAGUCAACCACCAGCUUUCUUGCCUCCUUCCUUCCUUCCUCCCUCCCUCCCUCCCUCCCUCCCUCCCUCCCUCUCUCCCUUCCUGUCUUCCUUUCUAGAUCUUUACAGCUUGAGCCAAUGAAAUCUAGCGAGACUGCAAGACCCUGGGCUGCUGGACCUUUCUGCCUCUUUGCUGGAGCUCAUGAAGUGGCUCAAAUCCUGAAAAGGUUCUGUCAGCUACCUGCUUCUACCUUUCAUGCUCCAGGCAAGAAAGAGAAACUCGGGAACCCCUGGAUGGGGUCGGCCUGGUGUUCACCUGCCUGGUGGCAAUGGCAGCACGGCAUUUCCUAUGAAUGACCGGUUGUGAGAAGCUGGGGUCUAUAGCUGGCCCCAGGAUUUUGCUGUACUGGUUCAAUGCAUGGAUCAUACUUUCAACUUUUUUUCCUGUAAAGAAAUUCUCUUAAGAGGUUUCUCUUUGACCUGAAGUGACUUAGGGCUUUGUACGAGUCAAACCCAACCCACAGGCAAGUUAAGGGAUGGGACAAGAGCAGAAAAAAAAAAAAAAUCAGUGAGAGAUACUGCCAAUCCCUUCUCUCCUGCUACUGUGCACAGGGUGGGGGUGCUGCUUCCUAACUGCUCACUUGCACUCCUUGAAGUAGUUGUUCGUAAUUUUCUCACUGGUGUGUGUUCUAGAAACGCGUGGGGGUGAGGCUGGAGAGCUGGCUCAGUGGUCAAGAGCACUUGAUGCUCUGCCAGAGGAUCUGGGUUCUGUUCCCUGUAGCCACAGGAUGGCCACAACCAUCUGUAACUCCCUAGUGUUACCAGUCUUUCUCUCUCUCCCCCCAAGCUCCAAGAACACUGAACACACAUGCACAGACAUGAAGGCAAACAUUGCAUUGUUCCACCCCCUCGUGACACCACUUUGCUUCCUACUUUUGAUAACAUUUCUGACGAAGACAGUACGCAAUCUGAUCAUUAAUACCCCAUCAUUACCCUUCACAGACUGCUGCAUCCCACAGUUCCUCCGACAGACAAACGUAUCCUCAUGCAUUGCUCCAAGCUCUCAGUCACAACCAGAGUAUGGUUUAAGAAGAACCAGCGUUUUCUUGUCAUCUGAGUUAGAGUACGACCUAUCUUCCUCUUAGAAGUGUAUCUCUAGAUGAACAGCCCGGCCCUGAAAUCUGAUGCUGUCUCAGUCUUAGCUUGUGAAGUUCGACAUCCUUCCUGUAUGGCUUCGAGCCCCCUUUCCUGCCCUGAGACCACAGGUUUCCCAGGUUCUCACUCUGUGUAAGUUUUGAGGAAGGAAGGACAUUGAAGAGUCCAUGACGCCCAUCACCCUUGUCAUGGGUGCUGUGGUCGCUUGGGCAGUUACCAUGUGUGGUCGCUGGCCCCCAGGACUCUAGUAUAGCAUCUCAACUAAGAUUCCCUUCUGUUCCCUUUUUGUGCAAAGCUAAGCUAGAAGCCAUCUACAACUUCCUAUUCUUACAUUUUCCCCUAAGAUCAGCUCUAAGCCACUUGUUACAGAACACGUGACAGUUCCUCUGCACAGUGGAUCUGUAUGAGUUACUCCUACCCUCUCUCUCCAAGACAGACCAGCCACUCAUGUCACUUUCCUGAAGAACACACCAAAAGCAGGGAUGUUGGGGACAAGGCUAGAACCUACAGAAAUACUGCAGCCUGUGCUUACGUCUGAGUGGAUGGCUCCUCUUCCCCGAGCAGUGGCUACCUUCAACCAGCUCUUGACUCUAAGGCAGCAUGCAGACAGUCAAAACGGAACCAUGUUUGUAUACCUCAUGAACUACUGAAACCCCAGCCUCAGACAAGGUUCUCUUUGUCUUCAUUGUUAAGGACCUCAGGCUGGGUCCUGGUGCAGAACUGUUCUCAAGCUUGAGGACGGUAGGUAGGAGAUCCAGAAGCUGUUCAAUCAUGUGCUUGAGAAAUGUGAUGCUUCUAUUGUUUAAUAUGUAUGUGCUGUGCACAAACCAUAACAUGUCCCAGCAAGAAGUUAAAGGUCUUUUUAUACGUUUCUCUAAACUGUUUGACUCCACCCCUCCUAUUAAAACUGACAACAAA